AUGAACGAUUGCUCCAUCCGCAUGCGAGAGUGCAUGAACAAAGCGGUGGCGGUGUCUCGUACAUCUCGCUCCAUAGAGACGACCAGGUUUCAGAGAUUUCGACCCGUUUGCGGCUCCGAUAAUCACACUUACAAAUCAAAGUGUCACCUGGAGAGACAGCAGUGUCUCGGCUUCGCGGUUACAUUGAAACAUAACGGACAGUGUAAGGUGAGUCGAGUGGUCGAAUCAAUUCAUCCUCGUGAUGAUAAUGUAGGUUUAAGAAGAAGUCUCUCUAACAGCUAUUGUUUUAAUAACUCAAAUUUUUGUUACUAUUUCAGAUGCUUGUCUUGCGAGCAAAGCCUACGCCCUUGGAACAAGCGUUCUAAACGUCCAGGAAGCGUCAACUUUCAAUUCAUUCCGCGUUGCAGGAAAGACGGCGGGUAUUCCCCGGUGCAAUGUUUGGCCGGAUCGGGUUGCUGGUGUGUCACCAGACGUGGACAGCCUAUCCCUAAUACGAGUGUACGCACUGGCAGACCUCUGUGCGCCAGGAAAGGUUGUAGCAAAUCAGACAGAGCAUCCUUCAACCUGAAUCUCAUAAAAAUAUUCCAAACUGAAUAUCAGAGGUCACAAAGUGGAUCUUUUACCUCAAAUGGUAAUAACGACGAUCAAAUAGUUGUCGACUGGAAAUUUUCAUCAAUGGAUAGUAAUAAAGAUGGAUGGCUUGACAAGAAUGAGUAUCGAGAACUUAAAAGACUUGUGAAAAAAAUUGUUAAACCAAGAAGAUGUGCAAGAACUUUUGGAAGAGCUUGCGAUUUGGAUCAUGAUGAUAAAUUAUCGAAGACAGAGUGGGAAGACUGUUUAUCGAGAGAAGGAAUUAAUCAAGACUCCUCAGGUUCCUCCUCAUCGUCCUCCUCCAACAACCACCGCAAACCGUCUUACCCCAUCAGCGGCGUCACCACCGUGGAGCGCCUACAGCCCGUGAACAGAGGCGGCAAUUUCCCCGUAUCUUCGACCUCUCACCGCCCCAUCAACGUGUCUCCUCCCAGUUGGAGCAAGAUGGGCCCCCGUCCGAUCCUGGACGACUCCGAGGAAGACUCCGAUGACUUCGACGAGGAAGAAGAAGACUUCGACGACGACGUCGGCGAUCUGGGUCACCACUUACCCCCGCUCGGCGGUUCUGGUGGUCCUGGUGGUCUUGGUGGUUCCGGCGGUCGACAACAGGGUGAGCGUGGACCGCACUAUAGCGUACAGAAAACAAAACCGGCACUGUCCCUCGAUGUAAUGGAAGAGAUGGGUGAAACGGGACCACUCCAACCUCGCUUUUUGCGCGAAGCAGUUAGAAGACUUCGAAAUAAAGGUCAAAUACCAAAAGGCAGGGCAUACAAAACAGCAUAUCGAUUAUGA